CUCUCACACACACAUAUAUAUAUUAUUAUAUUGCAUGUGUCCAUAUAUAUCUCUUUACACCCCAUCUUCAUCACUCUCUCUAUCUCUUCGUGUUUGCUAAUAAACCCUGUCCAUUCAUUCAGAUUCUCACAACUUCUUGCAUACAUCUUUCCAGUUUGUGAAGGUAAGAAUGAAGUACAAAGAUGAUAAACCGGGAAGACAGCCCGAAAAGAGUUCAAGGGUGGUGCCUAUAGGAGUAAUGUUUGUGGUGCUAUGCGGGUUAUCGUUUUAUCUUGGUGGGAUAUUUUGUUCUGAAAGGAACAGAAUUUCUACUGACCAGGUUUCUAAAGCGGUUGAUUCGGUAGAGUCAACUGUUUCUGGCCCGAUUCAGGUGAAAUCGGUCUUGUUUCCUGAAUGCAGUGCUGAUUUACAGGAUUACACGCCCUGCACGGAUCCAAAGAGAUGGAUGAAAUACGGGCGAUACAGGCUUACAUUUAUGGAGCGCCAUUGCCCGCCCGUAUUUGACAGGAAGGAGUGUUUGAUACCGCCACCUGAUGGCUACAAGGAGCCUAUCAGAUGGCCAAAGAGCAAAGAUGAAUGUUGGUACAGGAAUGUCCCAUAUGACUGGAUCAACAAACAGAAGUCAAACCAGCAUUGGCUAAGAAAAGAAGGCGAGAAGUUUUACUUCCCGGGUGGCGGUACAAUGUUCCCCAAUGGCGUUAGCGCUUACGUUGAUCAAAUGCAAAAUCUAAUCCCGGGAAUGACAGAUGGCACUCUUCGCACCGCCAUUGAUACGGGAUGCGGGGUUGCUAGCUGGGGAGGUGACUUACUUGAUCGCGGCAUCCUAACGGUUUCUCUCGCCCCUAGAGAUAACCAUGAGGCUCAAGUACAAUUUGCUUUAGAACGCGGGAUUCCCGCCAUUCUUGGAAUCAUAUCUACACAACGUCUUCCAUUCCCGUCAAAUUCAUUCGAUAUGGCUCAUUGCUCAAGAUGCCUUAUCCCAUGGACCGAAUUCGGUGGAAUUUACCUUCUAGAAGUACACCGAAUCCUACGGCCAGGCGGCUUUUGGGUUCUCUCGGGCCCACCUAUAAACUACAAGAGACGAUGGAGGGGUUGGAACACGACAAUAGAAGAUCAAAAAUCGGAUUACGAAAAGUUAAAAAAACUUUUAACUUCAAUGUGCUUUAAACUAUAUAACAUGAAAGAAGAUAUAGCAGUUUGGCAGAAAACAUCAGAUAACAACUGUUACAAACAGCUUGAUGUUCCGGAUACCUACCCACCAAAAUGCGAUGACGGGACUGAGCCCGAUUCUGCGUGGUACACCCCAUUGAGACCGUGUGUGGUUGUGCCUAACCCAAAGCACAAGAAACUGAGCUUGCAGUCUGUCGCAAAAUGGCCCGAGAGAUUACACGAGGCCCCAGACCGGAUCGGUGAUAUUAAAGGUAGCAGUGCGGGUGACUUUAAUCGGGAUGAUAGUAUGUGGAAAAAUAGAGUGGCGCAUUACAAGACGUUGCUUUCGAUUCUUGGAACCGAUAAGAUUCGAAAUGUGAUGGAUAUGAAUACCCGUUAUGGAGGUUUUGCUGCUAGUUUGAUUAAAGAUCCACUUUGGGUUAUGAAUGUCGUUUCGUCUUACGCUCCAAAUACACUCCCUGUGGUGUAUGAUAGGGGGUUAAUCGGAACUUACCAUGAUUGGUGUGAGGCAUUUUCGACGUAUCCUAGAACAUAUGAUCUUCUUCAUGUUGACAGCCUCUUUACAUUGGAAAGCCAUAGGUGUGAGAUGAAAUAUGUGUUGUUGGAAAUGGAUCGGAUCUUGAGACCAAACGGGCACGCGUUGAUUAGAGAAUCGGGCUAUUUCGCAGACGCGGUUGCUACCAUCGCUAAAGGGUUGAGAUGGGAUUGUCAUGUAAACGACACUGAAGACGGUAAUAGUAAGGAAAAGAUUUUGGUUUGCCGGAAAAAGCUUUGGUAUUCACAGAGCUCAUAGCAAGAACAAAGAUGAGAAAACGCUGUCGAUUUUUUCAAGAAACCAGCAGAUAGUUGCAGAAUCAUUAAGUUGGUAUUUCAUAAUUAUAUAUAUGACAUCAAGUUCCUAAAAAAGGUAAAAAAAAAAAAAAAAAAAAAAAACUAAAUUUAUGUAGUAUAGUGAUGGACUGGUGUCUGUAUUGUAGUAGAAACAUGUGUUCAUUUCUAUUUAUGUUUGUGACAAGAACCAGAUGUACCUUUCAUGUCUUAGUUUUGUGAUAUGAUGUUGGUCUUGAGUAACGCUA